GUAUACCCCGCACAAGCUACAACGAGCCCCAUAGUUCCAGCCUCUACUUACACUGCUCCGCGAUUUGCAGCCUCACGGAACGCCUAUUAAUAAUCUCUAUGAUGCCGCAGCUGCUAAGCAUUCCUUCGCAAUCAAUCAAUCGACUCGAAAAUUACAAUGGCCGACGCGCAGCAUCUCAGUCCGCCGACGGAACUACAUGGCCGUACUCCUACUCGUACAGCCAGCAAUCGCGGGCGUCCAUUGUCCAGAGCCUCGCGGCAGCACAGUCCGUCUGGCACGGAGCUCGAUGGUCAUAAACUUGCAUCUAAACACCAAAAGCGGUCGCAGUCCGGUUCGGAUUCGGGUUCGGCGGUGUUGUGUUCCAGGCAUCACGCUCGCGACCGAUCUCAGGAUUCGGGAUUGCAGAACUUUCCAGCUCUGGCAGGAUUAGACGCAGGUGGAUGGCAUAUUCUCAGGAGCGGAACACAGAUGCCCGAAUUGGAUGAUGUAGAACAGAUACGAGAAGCGUUACUAAGGCGAGGAGGGAAGAACCUGUGGCAGAUUUUCGGAGACAGGAACUAUGUCGUGGUCAUGUGUACCCAUCCAGACGGUACAAUCGAAGCGUCGAACGUUUCCGAGAGCCAGGAACUUUUGAAACGUCUCGAAGCGGAAGCACCGAAGUCCCAACAAUUUUAUAUCACGAUGAACACGAGGAACGAAAAAAAAGGAACUUCAAAUAUCGGUAAAUAUCUUCGAGCAACUCGCACUCCACUAUGAUUUCCCCGUGGCAUUCAUCUAGACAUUGUUUGACUACGAUCGGCAACCUCGUCACUACGCAUUUGGAAGUAGGGUGCAGUGCUAUAGACCGGGGCCCAAGAUACAAGACUUUUGGUAUACACUACCGGUUCGUCUGGCAAUGAAUUGCUCAGAUCCCCAGGGAUCACAUCGAGAUGCUACGGCAGGGACAUACCAACACAAUGCUUCCAAUCUCCUCCACCUUCACAACCAAAGGAUUGACAUCCGACACCACGACCUUGCUGUACUCUGUCGCCACGACCUAGAGAACAAAAAGACGACU